UGUCUUCGCAACCUGUAUCCCCUACUGCUUCUAUUGUCCUCACCUGAAUCUGAACAGUAGCGCAGUACGGUAGAUCAAGCCACCGCUGUGUACUGUGGAGCUGGGCAUUGACCGUUGGGCUAGCCCGUGUAGGUAAGGCUAGAGCUAGCUAGAUCGCGAUGGCUUUGCUGGUCAAUUACGCGCUGCUAAUCUCCCUCCCCGCCGUGCUGCUGCUCUCCCUCGGCGGCGGCGCCUCCGGCAUGGGCGGCCUGCCGCCGCCGCCGCCGAUGGUGAACUUCAGCAUCGGCGUGCAGGGCGUGGUGUGGUGCAAGUCGUGCCGGUACCCCGGCUACUUCCCGCCCAUGGACGCCUCCCCACUCCCAGGCGCGGAGGUGUACCUGCGGUGCAAGCACGGGCGGCGGGCGGUGACGGUGCCGGGGCGGUCGGGCCCCGGCGGCUACUUCCUGAUCCAGACGUCGCGGCAGGUGUCGUCGUUCACGAGCCAGCAGUGCCGGGUGUACGUGCCGACCUCGCCGGUGCGCGCGUGCGGGGUGCCCGCCUACCCGUCCGGCCGCAACAAGGGGCUCCCGCUCAAGUUCCAGGAGUUCGUCAACCGCGGCAACGGCCUGCAGGGGAUGUACUCCGUCGGCAACCGCCUCUUCCGCCCAAAGUACCCGGGCAGGUGCUACUGAUGAUAGCAGAGUAUAUAUGCAGGAGGGCCUAGGGUUUUAUAGUUUGCCUCGUGCGCGCGUACGUCGGGUUAGGUUGGCGGCAGGGAAAAACGGCUUCAAGAAUAAACCUGCUACUACUAGGUUGAUUGUUGGCUCCUGGAGGUGGGUUAGCGGGGUGAUUUUAAUUAAUUAAUUAAUGUGCUGCUCUACUUGUGUUGAAAGUUCUGUUUCUGUGUGCUCCUUGAUCGACUGGAUUGCUGGAAUAAUAAAAUGUGGAUCGAGCACAUGCAUGUAAGCUGUUGUUUUCUGUACUUGUUAAGCCUUCUCUGUUACUAGUACUACUUAACCUGGCUGCA